AUGACUGUAGUGGAAGGAAGGACGGAAGGGAAGGGGAGGAGACAAGCGUGUCUCCUCCUCCUCCUCGCACCUGCUCUCCUAGCUCUAAUUGUUCUGUCCCAAUCCCGCUCUCUCCCCUCGCCUUCUCUGCUUGACUCGUCGGAAGACAAGACUGCCGAUGAUGCUGCCCCCGAAGCAGCGUCGGUGAGCGACGACAGCCAGGAACAUGGCGCGAAGAGGAGAACUAUCGUCACAGUCAUCAACCAGCCCGUUCCUCCUGUGGCUGCUGAGCUUCAACAUGUCCAGGCAAUCCUGAAGAAGCUCAAAACCAAGAUCUCCUCCUUCCAGAAGAACGAAGAGGAGGUCGGUAAGGGGCUGAAGCAAUCCAUAGAGCGACAGAAGCUGCAGGUUCAUGCUCUCAAGGACGAUUCUUAUCGCGUCGACAAGCUUCGCCGAUCCGUGUCCAAGUUUCUGAACUCACCUGGCCCCUUGGGCCAGAGGGGAUCUCCGGGCAGGGAAGGAAGGUUUGGUUCUCCAGGGCCACCAGGCCCCAUGGGCCCCAUGGGCUUCCGCGGACAAGAUGGUCUGCCUGGAAGGUUUGGUCCCCGUGGUUCUCAAGGACCCAUGGGCCCCAUGGGGUACCAAGGCUUCCCCGGUGCUCCCGGACGUCACGGGAUCGCUGGCAAGGAGGGCCAUGUAGGCUUGCCAGGAGCUUCGGGAAUCCCGGGCCCACGGGGGAACAACGGCGUUCCGGGCAUUGCGGGACGUCCCGGGCCCCCGGGUGCCCCAGGAGUGUCCGGACAAGACGGGCAGGUGGGAUCGCCGGGACCUCCUGGUCAGACGGGAGUUGCUGGAGCUGUUGGGCCCCAGGGCAAUGUUGGGAUCGCUGGUUCUACCGGAGUUCAGGGGACGUCAGGAGGUGCCGGCGCGAGCGGAACUCCAGGCACUCCUGGAACUGCAGGAGCCUUCGGUGUGGUGGGCACGUCCGGCGCUUCGGGAGCACAAGGGCCUCCGGGACCUGUCGGAACUAUCGGGCACGACGGAGGUCACGGGGCUCAGGGAGCGCCAGGGAUGGUGGGAGCUCGUGGACACUGGUCGGACUUCUGGCGAGCCAGGGCGCUGGUUCCUUACAAGUGA